GUAAAACUAUCAUGACUAUCGGCAUGUCGAGCACCGAGCACAUUGAAGAAAAAUUAAAAUCUUCGCCGGAGCUGGCUGAAUUGACCCAUUUGGAGGUGGUAGACAUGUCAGAUGGAUGUGGGGCCAAAUUUCAGACUGUGAUUGUGUCCUCAAAGUUUGAAGGACUCCCUCUUCUUCAAAGACACAGAUUGGUGAAUAAGGUCUUAGAAGAGGAACUGAAAGUGAUCCAUGCUUUUCAGAUGAAGACCUUGACACCUGAACAGUGGGAGAAAGCAAAAUCCUCAUGAUAGGGGUCAGGAGAGUGUUUGAUGUGGUGGGGUGUUACCCAAGGACUGUGAAAGACAUGGAAGUGGACUAAAAUCUGUUACUACACACAACAAAUUUAGAAAGAACAAUAUUGUUUUCUUACAUUUUUGUAUUAUGAAAUUCUUAUAGUGAAUCUUAUCUCAAAGAGUAAGGGUAAGCCACACAUUUCUUGCUCUUUGCUGCGGCUCUAAAGAUGCAUGUAGUUCUACAUAUACAGAGAAAGUAUGUUUAGGAACACAAUUGCUUUAGUGUUCUUUUAAGUGAAAUAAAUUAUAUAAGAAUUAUU